AUGAUGGCAACCAUGUGGUGCGACUCGGGGCCACGCUUGAGACGGUCAAGGAAGGCCCUCGUCGACAGCUCAAAGUCAUGUCCAUUGUCGGCUUGUGCUAUUUCGCACACCACAUUCCCGCAAGACGUGUGGGUGCUCAACGCUUUCGGACCGUUCUGGGGAUUCCAGUGUGGCUAUUGGGCUUGGAUAUCCGGUGUGAUCGACAACGCCAUCUACCCGGCGCUGGCUGUGGCGACAUUUACGGAUGUCUAUGGAUCCAUCAACUCGCCUGUUGCAGAGUACUUUAUCAAAGCUGGCAUUGCCUUGGCGCUGGCUUUACCAAACCUGCUGGGUAUUCGUAUCGUAGGCCGAGGCAUGGCAGUGAUGUCUAUCUUCGUGAUGAUUCCAUUUACUGUCCUCUUUAUCUGGGGGGUCAUUCGCGCGAGUGAUUGGGGCGUAGUGGGCGAGCAUGUCCGGCAGCAUCAACGCAUGUCGGUGUUCGGUGGCGAAGUGAUCAACCCGGGAAAGACGUAUCCUCGCGCGCUAAUGAUCUCUGUGCUUUUGUUGGCGCUCACGUAUUUGGCGCCGCUUUUUGGAGCAACGGUAUUUAACUCGCCGCAUUGGACGACGUGGGAAGAAGGAUCGUUUCCCAGUAUCGCGGAAGAAAUUGGCGGCAGCUUUCUAUCAAACUGGGUCGUGCUAGCUACGUUCUGCAGCAAUGCUGGCAUGUACAUCGCCGAACUAUUUUGCGACUCGUUCCAGAUCUUGGGUAUGGCAGAGUGCGGCCUCGCUCCAGCAUUUCUCAAAGCACGCAACAAACGGUUCAGCACGCCCCAUAAUGCAGUCUACGCCAGUCUUGUGAUCAUCUUAGUGCUCGUCAAGUUCGAGUUCGACGAAAUUCUGGGCAUGACCAACGCGCUCUCGGCUUUCUAUCAAUUGCUGAUCUUAGUCGCAUAUAUCAAGCUGCGCUUCUCGCACCCGGACACUGAGCGUCCAUUCAAAGUCCCUGGUAACAUCACUGUGCUGAUCAUUGCACUCCUUAUCCCGACUGGAUUGCUGGUCUACAUCGCGAGUUUAGAAAUGAGUUCCAAGCUUCCGUUCAACUUCGAGGAAUUCUACGAAGCGUUUGGCAAGUCUGUGUCGUCCGAUGUCAUCUUUGAAGACGGCCAAGUCCACAUUGUACCUCUCAAUAAGGCGGACGACACCUGUGCCAGCCAGGAAUCAGCGUUCUCUGAACAGGGGAGUCCAACCCGAAAGCACGCCAAAGGACGAUUGUUGGAAAGCGCUGACAGGCGACGACUGCCCUGGCCCAUUCGAGCAUUAUUGGAGGCGCAGGAACCUGACGGAAGCUGGACCUACUCGAGCAAUUUCGAGUUUAUUAUCAAUGGCACAGCUCCACCUCCAAUGGAAGGUAUAGCCGGCAAAUUGUGGGCCACAGCGAUUGCUAUUACGAUCUGGCGCCAAUUCCCAGAGUACUUCGAGCUACUUGAAACGAACUACGAGAAGGCCAUGCUUUACGCUGAUGAAAAUGUCCUUCGCAUGGUGCGAUCUGUACUGCAGUUCGACGCACUUGACCAGAUCCGCCCUUACAAAAGCGACGAGGCUCGCGCCAUCCGGGAGCAGCUAGCCCGUGAGGCCGCUGCCAAGCGCGAACUGGAGCUUGGCGAGGAGCUCAAGAUCACCCGCAUGCGUGAAGAAGAGAUCCGCGCUAACAAGUUUAGUUUUAUUCAUGCUCGGCGACUGCCGAUGUCCACACAACAGUUAUUUGUCACUGAGCUUGGCAAUGAGAUCACCAAGGUGUUUAAACCUCCAGCUAUGGAGCACGAGGGUAUGCGUCAAGUUAAAACGCCUGCCAAUCUCAAGGUCGGGCAGCUUGUUGAAAGCUGCCGUCGCCGUCGCACAAACGGCUCCGUACUGGCGACAAAACCUUGCUGGCACCUUUGCCGUAUCGCUGCCAUUGACAGUGACAGUCACUUGUUGCAAUUAGACUUUCUCGACGGCGACUACGAGCGCGAACGGAGGGUUCCAAUGAAGUGUGUGCGUGCUACGACAACAGGCACUCAAGAGACUCGUGCGACCGAGUUCGAAACUUUAAAGAAUUCUUGGAGUGAACCAAUCGCUUGCAAGGACGAGAUCGCUCGGUUAGAUGAAGCCCGCACAAUCACGCUGAGGCCACUGCCAUGGAAUCGUCGACAUCAUCUCACGUUGCCAGAUCCAACACGAGAAAAAGACGAGAGCCUAACAGCAGACAAAGCCGCCAGACCGAUCAGUAGCCAGCGUCCUCGAUCAUCAACCCGACGAACGCAAUCUCGGAGAGACCCAAGAGAGAACGCACUAUUUCAAGCUGCGUCAACAGCAUUGAUACAGUACGAUCGCGCCUACGAGAGUGUGCAAAAGGCCGCCCAGACUGGCGCAAAGCGCUACGCCACGGCAGUACUGUAUCGAGAACGCUUCCAAGCCUUUGACGAGCUGACAAAUGCCCUCGUGACACUCGUGGAGAGAACUGUGGACGUGCUCGAGGCCGUUUGGAAGUGGCGGCAGAUCUCAUCGACCGGCAUCGACACUGCAUCUUUCGUCUGGAAGGGCAGUGACUUCAUUGUCACUCUCGUGAAAUCUCUUGACUUCCUGGGAUACCAACGAGAGCUCGUCGAAUGGUAUGGCGAGGAAUUCCCGCUGGACGGGAACCCUUUCAUGCAGUCGUCCUCGUUGCUCGACAAGGCCAAGGAACGCGGUCUACAGCCCUCGUCACAGGAACUACGACCAUUGAGCGUAUUCCCCCGCGCGAUGCACAACUCGGAUGACACAGUGGCGGAGUCGUCAACCCUCCCAACGUGGUGGCCUCAGGCUCGCUACUCACACGAGCUACUUCGCCGCAUCGAAUUGGCCGAACAGGUGGGUAGCGUUCCGCGUGUUGGACCGCACCACAAGUCGCUUAAGAAUCUGCCAGUGUCCGGUGCCCCCAUCUACGAGCCACCGUCCACUGCCAGUGUCUGCAAAGACACAUCCCAAGGACACUCAUGCGCCUUGCAGUGCAGCUUGCGGCUGCACUACAACCGGCUACACUGA